AAAUUCAUGACAUUUUGUUAGCACCAUGACAACCUAUCGCCGUAGAAACAAAUAUUGUUUACCGUCAAACAUGUAAUAUACCUGGUCGGGAUUCUAAUUCUUCUAGAUGUUUACCUGGAAAUUUCAAGUCUCUAAAAGUAACGAGUUUCUCAGUGUUUCUAUGUGAAGAGUAAACUAAUUCUGGACAAACCUUAUUUAAGCCUAAAAUUGUUCCAAAAAAUUGUUUGUGAAAUUCGGCACCAGAAAAAUGGUUCAUACUUACGUUCAGCAAAAGCCAAUACGGAAUACCACGUUCGUGCCUGAUUUAAGUGAAGAAGGAACCUUCACGAAGACGCUACCAGAGCCCAUAGGUGCGAAGUCAGAUGCAGUGUGGCAUGAGGACUUAACUCCUUUCGAGCGUUGUUUCUACCAUCAGACUUUGAACUCAACAAGACGUUUUGCUGGUUUUAUUCCUUCGUCAUUGAUUCCGAAGGAUUCAUUGGAAUUUAUUCUGCAAUCGAGGUACAAUCACAAUUUGGAGUUGUUCGGAGAUAAGGUCGACACGCUAUUACAGAAGGAGUCGGUUGGCGAGCCUUCUUUUAGACGAAUUCGCAAUACUGUGGAUCAGACCCCUUUGAAGGUUGAACACAUGGGACAUCCGUUGAGAGUGGGUGGACUUACGGAGAAAAUAUCGCCACAUAGCGUUAAGUUAAUAAACAGCGGCCAUCAUUCGCAAAUGACGAACCCUGGGUACUCUAGACAACCAGCGGAUGGGAAUAAAUUUAAUUAUUGAAAAUUAUGUAAUUAGUUAAGUAAAUGAGUGCAAAUUUUUGUUUGUGACCAGAAAGAUGGUGAAAAUAUGGUCACUGGGUAGCAUUGUAAGUUUUUGUGUUCAAAAUCGUGAAAUUUACCAACGGAUCGUUAUAAGAAAUGUAAGUUGCUCAAGUGCUGCAAAUUGCA